ACACCCGGCUCUCUGUCUCUGCUCCGAAGACGGACGGGAGGCGGCCUCGGGACCUGCGAGCCAUGUAAAGGAGAAAGAGUGGAAGACGAAGAAGGGAAGCCCAAAGAAAGAGAGAAAUAAGAAGCUUUGGAGAAACUCUCUCAAGGAUCCAUUUGCGAGGCUUGUGGGAACAAUAGAAAAACGUUAAAAAAAAUGCAGACAACCAAAACAAGGAACGGAUCUUUAGAAGGUCCUCAGAGGACAUCUCCAGCCACCCCUAGAUCGAAUCGUCUGCCCAAGGCAGCUAGUUCUGAGCCUGACUCCGCUUCUCCAACAUGUCCACCAACAAAGACUUUAACUGAUAGAAGUCCUAAGGUCAUCGAACGCCGAUCACAUAGAACCCCAGUAUGUGAGAAGAAGCGUCCAAGCAGGGUGGCUGAGUUGGAAUGUCAACUCGUCCAGCUCCAAGAGGAAGCCGAAGAGGCCAAGAGGCAGCUCUUGGUCGUAUCUGCGAAACUUGAAGAUUCCCAACGCCAGCUUGUAGAGCUCUCUGCAGCAGAAGAGGCCAGGCUCCAAGAACUCUGCAAAAUCUCUCAGGAAAGGGAUCGUGCAUGGCGGUCUGAGCUUGAAGCCUUCCAGGAACAGCACUCUGUUGACUCGGCAGCUCUGGCCUCCUCCAUGAAUGAGACACAGAGGUUGAAGCUGCAGCUGGAAAUGGUUCUCAAAUCCGAGGCUGCCCAAGCCAGGCAAUCUGAAGUAGAAAUUUCCGAGAUCCAAGCCUUAAAAAAAGAUAUGGAAGAGGCCAUAUCCAUCAUCGGAAGCCUAGAAGUUCAGCUUAGAGACAGUGAAAAGGCAGAAGGUGAUGCAAAAGCAACAGUUACUGAGACAAAACAGCAACUGGAAAUAGCUAGAACGACUAUAGACAAUCUCCUUAGUGAUGGGUCAAAAUUUAUGGAUUCUUUCAGCUUAGUGGCUUCUGAACUAGAGGAGUCCAGGGCUCAAGUGAAUUCGCUUGAAGAAGUAGUGAGAAAAUUGCAGCAAGGUCACUCUCGUGCUUGUAGCCAAGCUUUGGUGCAUCAUAAUGGUGAUUGCCAUGAUUCACAGAAAAUCAGGUGCAACUCCCUAGAGUUGGAAAUGGAACAAUUGAGAUCGGCACUUGAGGCAGCUGAGAUGAAGUACCAAGAAGAACAGAUACAAAGGAUUGUGCAAACACAACGUGCUCAUGAAUUGAUGGAGCAAAUGAAGAUUGACUCUAGAGUGAGAGAAACUGAAUUAGAAUCAGCAGUGAACAAUUCAAAAACUGAGAUUAUUAUAUUAAAGGCUAGUUUAUAUGACAAGGAAGCAGAACUUCGAAGCUUGUCAGAUAUGAACAAGAGACUGCAUGAGGAGUUAGAAAAGCGAGGAACAAACCAAAUGGAAUCUGACUUGGCUCUAAAGCUAAAACAAUCAAUUGCCAGCAUCAGGGAAUUGAAGGCAGAUCUAAUGGAUAAGGAGACAACACUGCAGAGCAUUGCAGCAGAGAAUGAACAACUGAAAUCUGAGAUGAGGAAGAGAGAAAUGGAGAGCCAUAAAGCUUAUGAAGCAGCAAUAGCUGAGGUUGAGUUGGCAAGAGCUGCAGAGAAGGAGGCGACGACAAGGCUCGGAUUUGUUACCGAGGAGGCGGAUAAAAGCAGCAGGAGGGCUGCAAGGGUGGCUGAGCAGUUGGAUGCAGCAAAAGUAUGGAAAUCAGAAAUGGAAGCUGAGCUGAGGAGGCUGAGGGUGCAAGCCGACCAGUGGCGGAAGGCAGCUGAAGCUGCCAUGGCUGUGCUUACAGCCAGCAAUAAUGAGAGGUUGGUGGAGAGGACAGGCUCUUUGGAUUUUGAGUACCAUUCUGUCGAUAAGAAGCUGAUGAGUUCACCGCUUUCUGAUGAUCUGGAUGAUGAAUCUCAGAGGAAGAAGAACAAUAAUGUGUUAAGGAGAAUCAGCGGGUUGUGGAAGAAGGGCCAGAAGUUAUCUUAGUGAGCAUCUGCAGGGUUGUAUCUCAUCUUUGUUAAUUAUUUUCUCUGGGUCGCUGAGAUGAUGGUCUUUUGCUUUUAUUGCUCAUGCCCAGAGCUGAGGGUUAUUCAGCUGGGGAGUCCAUGAAGAGGAAAGGGGAAGCACAUCUACAGAAAGGUGAUAGGUAGCUUUAUGUUGCUCUUUUUCUGUGCAAAUGCAAACCUUACUGUUCUACUUGCUAGUAUUCCAGACACCAUGCAUAAAUGAUUCCCAUUUUUCCUUGGAAUAUAUAGUUUUUGCCAAGUGAA